GAGUGGCCAAUCGGAGCGUGAUACGGGAGGGUGAGGGCGGAGCUUCCGCGCGGCGAUGAGACUACCCCGGCGGCGGCGGUGGGGGGAGCACACCCGCGGCGGAGCGCGGAGCGGAGCGAGGCGCGGCGGGGAGCGGGUGGGAGUGUUACCGCGUCGAUAGCGCUCUGAUCCUAGAAUCUCAAGACAUGUAUUUCCUUGGACUGUUGUCUUUGCUUGUUUUGCCAAGCAAAGCUGUCAAGACAAAUCUUCCUGAUGAAACCAUUGCUGAGCUUUCCGUGAACGUUUACAACCAGCUGCGAGCUACAAGAGAAGAUGAGAAUAUUCUCUUCUCUCCUCUGAGCAUUGCACUAGCCAUGGGAAUGGUAGAGCUUGGAGCCCACGGAACCACUCUGAAAGAAAUUCGACAUUCCAUGGGUUUUGACAGCUUAAAAAAUGGUGAGGAGUUUACCUUCUUGAAGGAACUUUCUGAUAUGGCAACUACUGAAGAAAGUCAUUAUGUUCUGAAUAUCGCUAACGCUCUCUAUGUGCAGAACGGGUUUCAUAUCAGUGACAAAUUUCUGCAGUUGGUGAAAAAAUACUUUAAAGCUGAAGUAGAGAACACAGAUUUCAGCCAAAGUGCAGCUGUAGCUGCCCACAUCAAUAAAUGGGUGGAGAAUCAUACAAAUAAUAUGAUCAAAGAUUUCGUGUCUUCAAGAGAUUUUGGUGCUCUAACUCAUUUGGCUCUCAUCAACGCAAUCUACUUUAAAGGCAACUGGAAAUCACAGUUCAGACCUGAAAAUACAAGAACUUUCUCUUUCACUAAAGAUGAUGAAAGUGAAGUGCAGAUUCCAAUGAUGUACCAACAGGGAGAGUUUUACUAUGGAGAGUUCAGUGACGGCUCCAAUGAAGCAGGUGGUAUCUAUCAAGUUCUGGAAAUACCAUACGAGGGAGAUGAGAUGAGUAUGAUGAUUGUUCUUUCCAGACAGGAAGUUCCGCUGGUCACACUGGAACCGCUGGUCAAAGCCUCCUUGAUUAAUGAGUGGGCCAAUUCUGUAAAGAAGCAAAAAGUGGAAGUGUAUUUACCCAGGUUCACAGUAGAACAGGAAAUUGAUCUCAAAGAUGUCUGGAGAGGUCUCGGAAUUACGGAGCUUUUCAGCAGCAGCGCUGACCUCACUGCCAUGUCUGAUAACAAAGAACUUUACCUUGCAAAGGCAUUUCACAAGGCAUUUCUAGAAGUUAAUGAGGAAGGAUCAGAAGCUGCUGCUGCCUCAGGAAUGAUUGCCAUUAGCAGAAUGGCAGUGCUGUAUCCCCAGGUUAUAGUUGAUCAUCCCUUUUUCUUUUUGGUCCGAAACAGAAAAACAGGGACCGUGUUGUUCAUGGGAAGGGUCAUGCACCCUGAAGCGAUGAAUUCAAGUGGCCAUGACUUUGAAGAGCUUUAACUGCCACCUGCUACCAAAAAGAGGAGAUAAGCACAUAAAGUUUGAAGUUAAUAUAUUUAAGGUUUACUGUGUUUUCCCUCAAGAUAUUGUUUAAAUUGCUUUCAGAUCUAACUGUGUGCAAGUCAGUUUCUGGAGGAAAGCUUUACAGUAUUAAAAUAAUGGUUCCAUUUCUGUCAUUGUGAUUGCAGUGUCCUUAAAAUAAAAUUGUGUACACGUCAACAACUGUUUCUUGUUCCUAGUGAAUUGUAAAGCAAAAAAACCUUGCAAAUCCAUUAUUGGUCAUUUUUUUUUUCUUACAGUCCAAAGACUGACUUGAUCAAUGAGACAGGAGCGGGAUGUGUGCAGCUCUGAAUAAUGCACAUGGCAAACCUUGAUGAUAAUUUAUAGAGUUGAAGAGCUACGUCUGGAAAAUGUGAUCUCUUCCUGUUCCUGUAAAAGUAGUAAACAGACUGCGAUACACUGUUUCAUCAAAGUUAAUAGAACAAAUUAAGCCUUGUGGAUUUUAUUCUAUGAGACGACUGUGGCAGACUUUGUGUGAACUCUCCCACAUGUGGUUCUAAGAUGUUGCUUUUAUGGAUGCUCCUGCAUGCGACUCUGCACUUCACCUUCCGUAACUGUUGAUGCCUAUAAAACUUGAUCGCAUGAAUAUUUGAGAAUGGUCAGUGUAGAAUAGCUAUGUAUGUGACUGCAGUAAAAUAGUUCAAUAGUAAUGUCAUUUGUGUGGCCAUAUUUUUCUACCCCUAAGUAGCUGUUCUACUUUAACCCUGCCUUUGCAGUACCUCACUUCAGUGGUCUAGAAUGACCUUUCUCAAAGGAAAGCAAACAAAAAACCUUAAUUUUAAGUGUCUAGAAGUGUUUGAUUCAUAAAUAAAUGUCUAAAGGAACAACAUAAUCAUUUUGUUCACUUCCUUCUUAUUGAGAAUAAACUGACAGGAGGAUGACACAUCAGAAGUAAAUAUUAGCAGGUGAACUUGUUGCUGUUUCUAUUUGCAAGAGGGUGAGAAGUACCACUCUUCACCAGGGAGGCAUAGAAUUAAUUCUUCCCUCAUUGUGUGAAAUAUGAAAAGAAGUUACUAAAAAGGUAAGAGAGAAUAAGAGAAAAGAAGGGAGGAGCUCCCUUGAAACACAUCAUAAAUACAAACUUUCAGAUAACAAGUGGGUUUCUUAGUCAAUAGGAGUUUUGUCUUUUGAAUUCUAUGGGAACAAAUGCAUAUUGGCUGAACUUGAGUAUUAGUUUAAGGCUUCUCCAACAUACAUUCACUUCAACACAGCAUAGAUACUGCUUACAAAGUUGCUUAUGCAAGGAGACCUUCCAAAAUUUGACGCAUUGCUCACUUUUUUACUACUGUUAGUGCAAAUCAUGCAGGUCAAGCUGUGAAGUGAUGGAGUUACAGAGUUACCCAAGAGCUGGUUCUUCCCAUUUAAAUUAUUCUACAAGCAUCACUUAACAUCUGUAAAAGUGACCCAUGUGCUAAGGAUCUCUCGUGGUUUUAACCGUAUGGGAGCCAGAUUUUUAAGCUAUUACAUGUUUUCAGGCUCAUUUUUGAGGUGUUCACUCUGAGCUGGAAAGAUGUAAGAAAGCAGAUGACAACCCUCAAUCAUGUUUAUUUUCAGUCCUUCACAAGUUCUUCUUGACCAAUUUUGUGUUCUCUUUGUGUUAGUUCCUUACAGCACAGAUGAUUCUUACCAAGGGCAGGACUGAAGACAGAUUUGAACUAAAGCUGUGGAAUUAUGGAAGGACAGCUGCCAGUCAGAAAUAUUUAUAGAGGAUAUCAGGCAAGUGCCCAGACUCCCGAGCAGUUAGACUGAGCAUAGGUAUUAUUGGAAUGAUGCAGAAUUGCGUACUCCAAAUCUGAUUCUGAGACUUGCCUAAAUGGAUAUAUAGGAAAACCAGCAGAAACAGAAAUACAAACACUAGUAGUUUGACCUGAUACUCUCCUGGUCCUUAGAGAUGCAAACCAGCAUUUAAUGUUUGUUGAAAAUUGAGAAUUUUCCAUUUUUCAGCAACAUUAAUUGGUUUAUUACCAAGUUAUGCAAAGAUGUUGUAGGCCACAAUGAGAACAGCUUGCAAACAAUAUUGGUUUUCAGUAGUGAUAGUAUCCUAAGUAUUGUUCCCAAUUUAUUGAGGUAUAUGAAUACUAUUCUAUUGUGGGUUUUGAUCUAGAUUUUGUAUAAUGUUCUUUUCGAAGAUGCUAUUGCUUUUUUGAGACCGAAGUAGCAAAAUAAUUGUCUUUUUGUUUAGUUUAUUUUUGGUAAGGGAAAUUUGUCGGUAGUGGUUCAUAUCUGAGUUUAGGUGUAUAGACUUAAAAACAAAAAUGUGUUUUGUGUUGGAGGCUGUAUCAGAAAAUAAAUAACUGAAACUUC